AUGUCUGGAAAAGAAAGAGGUUUGUUUCGAAUUAUUUUAAAAAAUUUUAUUGCAUCAUUUAAACCAACCCAACAUAAGCUAAUUGGUGAAGAUUAUUAUGGUACAAAAUAUUACGAAAUUGAAAAUCCAAGAUCAAGGAGAAAGAACUCACCUCGAUAUUUCGUACCUGUAAAUAAAGAUGAUAACACGCAAGAAGUACCAGUAGAAUGGGAGGCAUGGUUAAGAUAUCGUCGAAAAGAUCCACCGUCAGAAGAAGAAAUAAGACAAAAUUAUCAAUUACAAAUGAUCAAAAAACGAAAUGCUGCAGAACUAGAAGCAAAACAUGUAAGUAAUGGAUUACAAAAGCAAAAGCAAAUUAACGAAGGAGAACAUGUACCAUUUCCAAUUUAUGAGGAGUAUAAAAAUUAUGGUCAAGAUUAUAAGAUAAAAUAUGAUGGACAAAAGCACGAAAAAGAUAAAUAG